UUUUUAAAGUUAAAAAAGUAAUAUUCUUGGAAAAAAUAAAAAUAAGAAGGAUUUUGUUCUGAAAAGGACUUUGACAGUCCUUCUAUAAAAUCCAUGUAUCUUACUAUCAGAUUUUAAUGAGUUUCAUAUGUCUGAAUCAAUCUCUUUGUGUAUUCUGAGGCUUGAAGUAGAGAAUGACCACGAAAUUCCAAAAUCUUUCAGCUACUGUGCAUCAAACCUCCAUAGUGCUAAAAUAGAAUCUAGAGAUACAGCAUCGUAUGCUUCUGUUUUAAAAACAUCUGGACCAAGUUCUAGUGAAGAAAAGUCUCCUGUAGAGUUGAACCUCACUUGUAGAGGACAGCGUGGCUUUGGUGACUUCACAAUAGAAUCUUAUUUCUCGGUGAAUUUUGAAACCAAAUCUGAAAUGAAAGCAGCCGAAGAUAAGACUGACCGGCAUACUGAAGACUUUAGACCAAUUAAAGAUGGUCAGUCUCCUGGUCCAUCAUCAGAUGACCACAGACCUGGCAGCAGUCAGAGUACAAGGCCUAAGAGUCAUACACCACCACUGAAGUCUCCACAUAUGAUAUACUUUUAUUCUGGAAAUCCAAUGGUAGAAAAGACUAGAGGAAUACUUCAUCUUUAUAAAGACGAUCAUAUUACAUCCCUGAAGUCAGAAGUACCCAGAAGUGAGUUAAUCUGCAUGUUGGCUGUACCAGCUGCUUAUACCAUCCAUGAUUUACUCAACUUUACAGCAGCAGUUCAUGAAGGAAUAGAAUAUCUUAGAAUUGUGAGAGACAGUACUCCAAAUCAGUAUAUGGUCUUGGUCAAAUUCAGAACACAGAAACUAGCAGAUGAAUUCUUCAACACCUAUAACAAUGUAACAUACAACUCAAUAGAACCAGACAUUUGUUUAUUGACUUAUGUGGCUAAAAUGGAAACUUUAAAAGAAGAAGAGGAAGUUAGUUUACCUGUGCCAGGACUUACAGAAUUACCUAACUGUCCUGUAUGCUUAGAAAGAAUGGAUGAGUCUGUGGAUGGGAUAUUAACAAUCCUGUGUAAUCAUGCUUUCCAUAUGAAAUGUUUGGCACAGUGGGGUGAUACCAGUUGCCCUGUGUGUAGAUAUAUACAGACACCUGAAGAAGUAGUUGACAAUAGAUGUAUGACAUGUGGAUCACAAGAGAGUUUAUGGAUAUGUUUGAUUUGUGGAAAUAUUGGCUGUGGUAGAUAUACUGGACAACAUGCACACAGUCAUUUCGUAGAAACACAGCAUACUUAUUCAAUGCAGCUUGGUAACAAUCGUGUGUGGGAUUACGCUGGUGAUAAUUAUGUCCAUAGAUUAGUACAGAACAAAGGAGAUGGUAAACUUGUCGAGGUCGAUGAAGGAGGACGGGUUGUACAUGAAGAGAAAGUAGAUUCUCUAGCUUUAGAGUAUACCUACCUCCUAACAAGUCAGCUAGAAUCACAGCGACUAUACUUUGAAGAAAAGAUGAAUCAAAUAGAGGAAAAUGGAAAAUUGACGGCGCAAGAAUUAGAUCACAGAUUACAAAAAGAAAGGGAAAUAAAUGAGGAUAUACAAUUAAAACUUAGGGAAACAGAGAAAGAUAAACACAGCAUGGACAAGAAAUGUAAUCAUCUGCAUACAAGGUUGACAAAAGUUUUAUCAGAAUUACAAGAGGAAAAACAGAUGAAUAAAUGUCUACUAGAAAAUCAACAAGUGUGGCAGAAAAAAGUUCUUACUUUAGAAUCUCAAGUCAAGGAUCUGACAUGUACAAAGGAAAAGGAAAUUAAUGAGUUAAGAGAACAGUUACGAGAUGUGAUGUUUUACUUAGAAGCUCAACAGAAAUUAUCUAGUGCUACAGAAAUAUCCCAGGAAGAAAUACAAGACGGUAAAAUAACAGUUGGUGCUUCUGGGAACACUCCAUCACCCAUAUCUAGACGAGGAAGGAAAAAAGAUAGAUAAUUGUUACUUUCAUUUUGUUUUUUAUUAUUUAUUUAUACUUGUUGUAAGAAGGGAGCAUUGUAAUAAUUAUUUGUUGUAAAUUGUUAAAUUUCUAUAUUUUCAAACAGAGAUGGUUGGUAAAAUGCAUAGAUAUUUUAUGAAACUUGUUACAGUAUGUAAAAAAAAAAUGAAAGGGGAAACUUGUUAUGUAAGAGGAAGUUUUAGUAUUACAUUGACAGCUUAGUAUUCAAUAAGUACUGUUAUUUCAGAAAUUAUUGCGUGCAUUUAUUAUUGCGAUUUUGUGAUAUUGAGAAAAAUCCUGUGUAAAUAAUGAAUUUACAGUAUAUGUGGGUUUUUUUUAUUUCUUAGUAGGAAAAUUGCUUUUAUUUUUUUACCUGACCAUAAUUCUACAAACUAAAUUUAAUUAGCAAAUCACAUUGGAAUUCUUUUGGACUGUCAAUUUCCUGCCUAUGAAUAUUUUACAGGUCCAAUAAUCAACAAUUGUCAGAGGCGGAUUUAGGGGAGGCCCAGGCCCCCCCUUUUUGGGAUAAAUUUGGAUUGCUUAUAUAGGAAAGCACUGAAGCAUGACUGGAGCCGGCCCCAUCUUAGGCCAGUCAUUGGGCCCCCACUUAUGAAAAUUUCUAGAUCAACCACUGAUUGCACAAUUAUUUGAUGAUAAGACUUUUUCAGUUCUUGUUAUUUUUUACAUUUAUGCAACAUUGUAAUAGAUAAAUGAGCUGGAAUGGAAAUAAAUUGAUGAUUAUCAAUAUCAGUUUUUUAAAAAACAUAAGAAAUAUUGAAUUUUAUAUUAUUAACUUUUGUGUUGUUUACAGGAGAUAGCAGCUGUUGCUUUAUUCAUUGUCCUAAACAUUUAUGACAUACUUGCCACUGGACAUUAAGUAACAAACAAUCCAUCAUACAUUUUAAUAUAAUUAUUGAUAAUUGCUUAAACAUAUCACAAAAGAGUCCAAUUAUUUUAUAGUAAUAUCAAAAUAUCAGAAAAUUUAAUGGCAUAUUUUUUAGUAUUUGCUUUCUUUAGAGCUUAGAAAAUGUAAAUAGAAUUAUUAAUUUUAUACAUAGAACAUAGGUCAUCAUCAUAUUUUUAAUAUCAUUAAGUCUGACCUGUAAUCAUACAACAUAUUCACUGGAUUAUAUUCAAAUCUGAAGUGUCUACAAUUUACAUUAUUUUAGCAACAUUAUGAUUUUUUUUUAAAUUCACAUUUGAAAAUCAUCUUCAAGUUUUAGCUAGUGCUGUUAUACAGCAUAAUCUCUUUUCCUUUGUAAAUCGUAUGAAAAACUGCCAAAAAAUUGCUGACUUUUGUUCUGUUCUUAUUUAAGACUCCUAGUGUCCAUUGUAUUUUUGUUUAGCCCACCUUUUUGAAAGUCCUGGAUCUGCCUUUGAAAGUUGUUCUUACAUAUUCAACCUUGGUAAUUCCACACUAUUAAUAAAAUAAAACAACAUAAUACAUUUCAUUUCAAUUAAAGAAAAUAGAAAGGAAUCAUUCAUCAACAAAAUAACUAUCAGAGAAAAACCAAAAAAACCUUCAUUACACCUGUUUUAAUAGAUAGUUGAUUGAUAUGACAGGUACAUGAGGAAUGAUUUAUGUAUAUUAAUGCUAUAAAUGUCAAGUGCAAUUCAUCUGUGAUAAAAUAUCAUGUAAAAAUAAAAAUAUUUGAAAAUGAAA